CAGCCUUUACUCUUGUGCUCAGACGUUUUGUUGAGUUUUGCAAGUAACUAUGUCUGGACGUGGUAAACAAGGAGGCAAAACUCGAGCUAAAGCCAAAACUCGGUCUUCCCGGGCUGGUUUACAGUUUCCAGUCGGGCGAGUGCACCGCUUGCUCCGUAAGGGCAACUAUGCCGAGCGGGUUGGAGCCGGCGCUCCGGUGUACUUGGCGGCGGUGCUGGAGUACCUGACGGCCGAGAUUCUGGAGCUGGCGGGCAACGCGGCCCGGGACAACAAGAAGACCCGCAUCAUCCCGCGUCACCUGCAGUUAGCCAUUCGCAAUGACGAGGAACUCAACAAACUGCUGGGCAAAGUCACCAUCGCUCAGGGCGGCGUCCUGCCCAACAUCCAGGCGGUGUUGUUGCCAAAGAAAGCCGAGAGUCACCACAAGGCGAAGGGGAAGUAAAGCCUAGACAAAAGAAGAAACAGCUGCCUAAAGGCUCUUCUCAGAGCCAUCCAUAUUUUCAUAAAAAAAGCUGGUAGCCACGUUAUGCUGUGUGUGGUUAACUGUUUGC